AGCCGUUUCGGCACGAGCCCGCCGAUGCCGCCAAAGAGGUGGGGCUGUGAGCGGCGCGCGUGGGCACGGGCGCGCGCCAGGGCGCGCGCGCGCCUGCAGGAGCCAUCGGCCCGAGCGGAAGCGCCCGCGAUCUCGGGCCGAUGGCCGCGCGCGGCGUGUGCGAUUCGCUGGGCGGGCGCCUGAGAGCCCCGAGGUCCGCGAGCCCCGCGAACCGGCGGGCGCUGGCCCUCGACAUGCGCCGCAUGGCCACCCUGCUGCAGGACGCGCCGGCCCAGGCCCCCGCCGCGCUCGCCGCGGAGCACAGCACGAGCAACUCCAGGUGCAGCAGCGCGCACAGCGCCUGGGAGCCCCACGACCGCAACGCCGCGGCGGCCGGCGCUGCCAGGCCGUCGCCCGUCAGGGCGUCGAGGGCGGUCAUGAACAACCAGGUGGCCGUGCUGAACGAGAAGUUCCACCAGAUGCUGCAGAGGCUCCAGCAGCAGUGCGAGGGCGACCGGCGGCGCCUCGGCCAGCUGGAGCGCCGGCUGGAGGCGGGGGCCGAGGAUCGCGUCCGGGCCGGUGAACAGCGGGAGCGCUGGGCCGAGCUGCAGGGCAAGGUGGAUGGCGUGAUCGAGGAGACGCAGUCCAUCACGAAGCGGGUGGAGGGCCUCGACGAGCGCCUCUGGGCGCGCACGAGCGGGUCCCAGGGCGCGAAGCAGCGCGGCCGCGAGCUGGAGCAGCAGGUGCAGGCCUUGGAGCAGCAGGUGCGCAUCUCGGCCACCACCUCCGAGGAGACCUCCAAACGGCAGGCCGCCAGGCUUCGCCGCGCAGAGCACGCCGCGGAGGAGGCCGUCCGCCGCCUGGCCAGGCUCGAGGAAGACGCGCGCGGGAUGGCCCCCGCGCAGCGUGACGGCUUCCUGGAGACGCGGCUGGGCACCUUGGAGCAGCAGCAGGAGCAGCUGUGCGACGUGGUCCGGUCCCUCCAGGCCCAGAUAGACGAGGGCCUGCCCGGUCUCGCCGCAGCUGCCUACGGCUCGCGCUCGAGCGAGGAGGGGCGCGACGUGGAUGGAGCUGUCCGCGCCGUGGAGGCGAGCCACUCCGAGCUGGAGAAGAAGGUGCUAAAGCAGGUAGAGGAGCAGGCUGCCUUCCGCGUGAAGGUCGACCACCAGCUCUCCCGCGUGAGCACUCUCGCCGACCGGAUGGAGACGGCGCACGAGCCAGCGUUGGAGUCCUUGCGGUCUGAGCUGGCCAGCCAGCGCUGCCAGGACCGGCAGCAUGCCGACGGGGAGGUCGCUGCGCUGCGCCGUCAGAUCCAGCAGUCGGCAGACGGCGCGGAGGACGCCCUGGCCGAGGUGCGCGACUGGCUGCGCGAGCUGCAGGCCCUGCAGAGCACCUCGAUGCCCGGGCCGCGCCGCGACGAGCAGCACCUCGAGGCGCUGCGGGGGCUCCAGGAGCGCCUCGCGGGCUUGGAGCAGCGGGCGGAGUCGCUGGAGGAGGCGCUGUCCCUGGGGCCCUGCGGCGGCGCUGCCGGUGGCGGCGACGACGCAGCGGAGGGGGCGGGCCCCGCCCAGGACCUCGAGGAGCUGCGGGCGCGCCUGGACUGGCUCGAGGAGCAGAGCGCCGCGCGCACGGCGAGGCCCGACGCCGGCCACGCGGCGGAGGCCCAGGACAGGAUGUGCAAGGCAGGGCUGGCGCCUGAGCUGCCUGGAGCAGCACGCCUCGCGCGGCGCGGUGGACAGGCUGCACCGGCAGCUCCAGCAGCUCCAGGACACGGUCGAGCGGCGCCACGCCGAGGACUCCUCGGGCGCCCGCUCCGCGGCGGAGGCGGAGGCCAAGGUGGGUGCCGUCUCGCAGCAGGUCGCCCUGCUCGCGGCCCGACUCUCCGAGGUGGAGGCCGGCCUGGACUUCGCCCGCGAGGCGGACGCCUCCGGCGCGCCAGGCGGCGGCGGCGGCGGCAAGCCGCCGCCGCCGCCUCGCGGAGAGGCGGAGCGCGGCCGGGGGGGCGGCGCCGCGGCGGCCGCCCGCGGGUCGGAGAUCCAGGACAAGCUCCUGCACGUGGCCGAGCACCUCGAGGCCGAGAGCUCCGAGAUCUCGGAGCUGGGCCAGCGGCUGGAGGCGGUGGAGCGGCAGCUCGCAGAGGGCGGGGCGGCGGCCUCGGGCGGGGCGGGGGCGAGCGCGGGGGCCAAGAUGCAGGGCGCGCCGGAUGGGCUCUCGAGGCGGGUGCGCGACUCAGAGGAGGGUGCUGAGGCCAAGGGCGAGCUGGAGGCGCUCUCGAAGAGUCUGCGUGGAUUGGAGGAGAGUAGCAGCGAGCUCAAGGUCGAGCAGGAGGCGCUGUCGGGGCGUUUGGGUGCACUGGAGGAGGGCGCCGGGCCCACGGGCGCGCUGGAGGCGCUUUCGAAGCGCGUGUUGUUGCUGGAGGGCGCCGAGACUCCUGAGGCCCUGAACGAUCUGCGUGAGGAGCUCUCGCAAGUAGUCAAGCAGGUCCAGGAGCUGCAAGGCCAGCGCCGCUUUGACACUCCGGCUGCGUCGAAGGAGCCGUCCUCUGAGUUGCAGUCCGAGCUGGACGACCUCAGGGGCAAGCUGGAGCAGCUGGAGGAGGAGCUCGGCUCCAGGGUCAGCACAGUGAGGGAGGAUGCGGCAGAGGCGAAGGCAAAGGCCACCGAAGUGUCGGGCAAGGUCACGGAGGUGCAGGAGGAUGUCAAGAAGCUCGCGGGGCAGCCCUGGAAGGAGGCGCUCGAGGGGCAGCGGAAGGUAUUGGAGGACCUUCAGAGCAAGCUCUGCCGGCUCGAGUCCAGCAAGGCCACCGUCGGUGGACUGCACGAGAGCUUGCGGGAGCACAGGAAGGACGUGGAGGCGAUGCGCGGGCGGGUGGAAGCCAUGGAGAAGCAGGCCGCCGUGCGCGGGACGAGUGCCCAGGUGACGCCGAGCAUGAUCGACCAGCUGAGGGGCGCGGACGAAGAGCUCCAAGCGAGGAUCGAGUCCACGGCCGUCGAGGUCAAGGGCGAGCUCGCGGCGCUCUGCAGGCGGCUGGGUGGCCUCGAGGCGGCCGCAGGCGCGCCGCAGGCGGCGGAGAGCGCGCAGAGGGAGGCGCGGGAGCAGCAGGCGGCCCUGGAGGAGCUGGCGCGGGGGAGCCAGGCGGCAGUGUCCGAGGCGGAGGCGAAGCUGGCGGCCAGGCUCCGGGCCCUCGAGGCGCGGCUGGCGCCCCGCCCGGCAGACGCCGCCGACGGCUGCGGCGAGGGCGCCGGAGCCGGGGCGGAGCUGCAGGAGAGGGCGUCCGACCUGGCCGCGCAGCUCGCGAGGGAGCUGGAGGACCUGGCGAGGCAGAAGGAGGAGCUGCAGAGCGUCGUCCGCGCCGCCACGCGGGACCUCGCCGCGGGCGCCGCCGGCCAGGCUGCCGUGGACUCGCUGGCCAGGGAGGUGGCGGAGUCGGGCAGGAGAGCCCAGGCGGCCGAGGACGCUGUGCAGGGGCUCCGGGUGGAGCUGGGCCAGGUGCGCACCGCCUCCCCCAGGGUGGACCUCGGCGCCGGCGGCGGCGCCGACGACCUCAGAGACAGGGUGGAUCUCCUCGACAAGAAGGUCGGGGAGCUGCAGCUGCAGCUGCAGGGCAGGGCGGCCCGGCCGGGGCAGGCUGGGGAGGAGCCCCUGGACUUCUCGCUCACCGCCAUGAGCGACCGCCCUGCGCACCUCGGGGGCAGCCUGAGCUGCUCGCUGGCCGAGGCCUCCCAGAGGUGCGCGCUCGCCUCGGAGCCAGCGCCAGGCGGCCCCGCCGCCGGCAGCGCUGGAGGCGCCCAAGGCGUGGGGCUCGGCGGCGUGGCGAGCGGGGGCGGUGCCCGCGCCAGGCCGGCGCCGCUGCGGCUCGAG